UUGUCAGAUACGAAUACGUAGGAGGAGUUAUGGGAUGAAAUAUGAAUGAAUCAAUGGCUUCCGUGUAAUCGUAAGCGAAACCCAACUCAUACGCACACUCUCUCUUCCUUCCUUUAAAUCCUUUCUUUCAUCUAUGGGCCAUCCACCGAAUCCCCUACCCUUUUGAAUUUUUUCAUCUCUCUCUCUCUUUCUCUCCAUCUCCAAUUUCACCUCCAACCGCUUCUCUUUUCAUCGGAAUAUACCUUUCAAGUUUCAUCCACCGUCGAAAAAAGUAGUGUUCAUGAUUCAUUUCAUCUCAGCUUCUUACACUGAAAAAAUUGUUGCUCACAGUUGAGAAUUAGACAAUUAGUCAUAAGAUAUGGGGCAUCGGCAUCUUUUCAGCCCAUCAUACAUGCUUGAAACUGAGAAUGAUCAAAGCUGGAACUUAACAGAGCAUCCAUACAUUCAUACUGCAAGAAAUGUGACUAGUGAAAGCACUUCUCUCAUAUAUCCAGAUAACAUGUCAAUUGAUGGAGCACAAUACACUCACUGUAAUCACACUCCAAUCUCAACACCAUAUUCUUCAUUACCUAACAAUCUUCAACUCCCAAAUUUCCAACAAAAUGGUGUUGGCCCUUCUGAUCUUUCUAUGCAUACAUCAUCAUCAUCCUAUAUACCUUCUGAAGAUUAUAGAAAUCUAGCAUCUUCAUCAAAUUACAAUGGGACAAACAAUCCUUUCAAUGAAGAUUUAUUCAAUGCAAGAGGUCAUUAUAAACGCAAAAGCCCUGGUGUUCCAGAUACAAACAAUGGAAGUUCUUCUGAUGUCACCAUGCUCACUGAACCAUGGCAAGAAACUCCAAGUAUAAACUUUCUUCAUGCCCCUUGGGAUUAUAAUAAUAACACAACAAACCCUGAUCAUAGAAGCAAUGUCAAUAAUAGUCUUUCCAUUGGUGAAAGCUCUAGAAAUGUGAGGAGUAGGGGGAUGUUUGACUUGGAAACAAACUCUUCAAGAACACAUUUCACCAGUAAUUUGUCACGUGACUAUUUUACAACCAGUAGGCCCAUGGAUGUUUCCGCUCCAAUGGAUCUAAACGGGUUGACCCGGGAUUGGAAUCCAACUAUUCAUGAAAGUAGUUCUCUCAAUUGUGAAUUGAACCCUUUUCUUGAAGGAAACAGUAACCCUAAUUCUUCAUUAGACAUUGGACAACAACAACAACAACAACAACAACAAAACAAUAAUGUUGUUACAAGAAACAAUCAUGUUCUUGAAAAUUUUCAGAGCACAUCAUCUGUAAGAGGAAUUCGAAGCAACUAUAGUCAAAGGCCUGGGUCAACUUUCAGGGUGUCUUCAACUUCAAGUAACUUGCGAUUAGGUCACAAUACAGAUGAAGGGUUACAAUUAGCAACAAAUAAUUAUUCUUCAAGAAAUUUAAGACCUUCUUCUUCUUCUUCCUUUUCUUCUUCUACUUCUUCUUCUUCUUCCACCAUUGGGUGGCAUAGUAGUAAUAACGAUAGGAGUGGAAGGGCAAGAUUGUCAAAUGAAAGAUAUCGGUCUUUUUCCGGGGUCAAUUUCCAUGAUCGACCACAACCCGAGGGUCUUGUGAUUGUGGAUCGAUCGGGUUUUUAUGGAUCAAGAAAUCCAUUUGAUCAACAUCGGGAUAUGAGACUUGACAUAGAUGACAUGAGCUAUGAGGAGCUUCUUGCACUUGGGGAAAGAAUCGGAAGUGUAGCCACUGGUCUCCCUGAUCAUCUUAUUUCAAAAUGCAUUCAAGAAUCAAUUUACUGUUCUUCAGAUCAAAUACAAGAUGAAGCCACCUGUGUUAUUUGCCUUGAAGAGUAUGCGAAUAUGGAUGAUAUUGGGAUGUUAAAAGCUUGUGGGCAUGAUUUUCAUGUUGGGUGUAUCAAGAAAUGGUUGUCCAUGAAGAACGUGUGUCCCAUUUGCAAAGGGGAACCUGUGAAACAGAAAUGAAAAUAAAAUUAUUAAAAGAAUUUUAUUGUAAAUAGAUUUGUAAAAUGGCGGGAUUCUGAUUCUUAAAUCUUAAUAAUGUGGUCUACAUUCUGCAUUUAUGACAAUCAUGAUGCUGUUUGUGUCCCUGGUUAAUUUGUAUGCAU